GACUGGAAAGCAAGCAUUGUAACCUCUAAACAUCAUUAUUUUUUUUUAUAUAUUUUAACCAGUUUUACGUUAUUUUGACUCAUUUCAAAUGAAUUAUCAAAUGUAAAUUAUUUUGAAAUAAAAUUAGCAUUGAAAUAUUUAAGUUAAAUGAUUGGGUAAAACGCUGAAAGGAUUGUGCACAAAGAUACUAAUACAUACCAUGUGUAUAACGAUUUUCAUAUAAUCGUAAAUAAUAAACAGUAUGAAUACUCCACAAUCGAAUAAAAAAAAAAGUAGAAACAGGAUGGGUGGACAGCACGAAUCCGUGAGCGGAGUAAGUACUGAAGUGCUGACUCCCGCUGAAGCUACACGUUUUGUUUUGAUGACGCCUCUAGGCGAUGAAGCAAACAAAUCUGUAAAAUUAGGUAUCAAUGACAGUAUUCCAAUAGUUCCCCUGGACAAAGUAGAUGAGAAAAAAGGGAACAAUAUUCUCAGUGAAAGAGAAAAAGAAGAUAAAGCAAUUUUAAGUUCAUUACCUGUUGCAGUAGUAAAAGCAAUAGAUGGAUAUGAACGCCAAAUUGGAGAAGCGGAACAACUUCCUAAUUCUUACGUUAGAUUUAUGGAGAGAAGUGGUGAAGAACUUGAUGGUGAAGUAGAAUAUGAUCUUGAUGAAGAAGAUUCUGCAUGGCUAGCAGUAGUUAAUGAAAGAAGAAUAUCAUCAGGCCUUCCACCAAUGGAACCUGAUACAUUUGAGUUAUUGAUGGAUAGAUUGGAAAAGGAAUCGUAUUUUCAACAGCAAAACAAUGGAUCGGGUGGUAUUGCUGCUGAUGAAGAUGCAGUAUGUUGUAUUUGCAUGGAUGGCGAGUGCCAGAAUAGCAAUGCAAUAUUAUUUUGUGACAUGUGUAAUCUUGCUGUUCAUCAAGACUGUUAUGGAGUGCCGUACAUUCCAGAAGGCCAGUGGUUAUGUAGAAGAUGCCUUCAAAGUCCAUCGAGAGCAGUGGAUUGUGUAUUAUGUCCAAAUCGAGGGGGAGCAUUUAAACAGACUGAUCGACCAGCAACAUGGGCCCAUGUAGUAUGUGCGUUAUGGAUUCCUGAGGUUCGUUUUGCUAAUACUGUAUUUCUCGAACCAAUUGAUAGUAUAGAAAGUAUACCUGCUGCACGAUGGAAACUCGCGUGUUGUGUUUGUAAACGAAGAGGUGUUGGGGCAUGCAUCCAAUGCCACAAAAGCAACUGCUACGCGGCAUUUCAUGUGACUUGUGCUCAACAAGCAGGACUAUGUAUGCGAAUGCGAACAGUACAACCAGCUAAUGGUGAACCAAUGUUAGUACAAAAAACUGCUUAUUGCGAAGCUCACACACCGGCUGAUUAUCAGCCAUCUACAAAUCCUGCGGAUGCUAGGCGUCGAGCUAUUGCUAAUAAAAAAAGUUCAUCUGCACCUGUAAUAUCUAUUCCAACAAUACCACCAGAAAGAAUUAGAGAAAUCGCAAAUUUAGCUGAAGGCUUACCUAAAAAAAGUCAACUCAUUCAACGUCUAAUAGCAUAUUGGACAUUAAAGCGACAACAUAGGAAUGGUGUUCCACUCCUCCGAAGACUUCAAAGUUCUCAUCCUCAUGCUAGACCUCAUCCUUUUGGAGGUAAUUCUCCUGCACCUGAUGGAGAAAUGAGAGGAGAACUUUAUCGUCAACUUAAAUACUGGCAGUGUUUACGGCAAGAUUUAGAAAGAGCAAGACUGUUAUGUGAACUUGUUCGUAAACGUGAGAAAUUAAAAAAAGAAUUAUUUAAAGUUAAAGAAAAGUGUAUGUGGUUUGAACUAAGGCCAUUGGAAAGUAUUUUAAAGCUUCUUCUUGAAUCUAUCAAAGCUAAAGAUGUGAAUGAUGUUUUUGGUCAACCUGUAAAUACUGAAGAGGUACCAGAUUACCUUGAUAUUGUUUCUCAACCUAUGGAUUUAUCAACUAUGGAAACAAAAAUUGACAAGCAAGAGUACGAUAAUUUGUCUGCUUUUCAAUCAGAUUUUAAUUUAAUGGUAAAUAAUUGUUUAGCAUACAAUCGAAAAGACACAAUGUUUUAUAGAGCUGGUCUCAAAAUGCGUGAACAGGGUGGAGCACUAAUAGAGCAAGUACGUAAAGAUUAUCCAGAAUAUGACCAAGUCCCUGAAGGUGACACAACGACGAUAAAAUCAAGAAAACGAGAAAGGAGUAGUCGAAAUCGUAGUGAAUCAGAAUCUCAAAUAGCUGAAAAAGAAGUUGGAGGGGUAAAUAGACGUACAGCUGUAUUAUUUACAAGAAAAGCAAAAGCUCGAGCAAGUAAAAGUGGACCCACAGCUGGAUCUGAAGCUGAUCAGAAAAAGCAAAGUGAUAGUUUUCGAGUAUACCGAAGUGGAGGAAUAGAUAGUGAUAUUGGUGAAGGAGAAAGCCAAUCUUCUAGUUGUAGUAGUUGUUCCACAAGUAGAUCUACUACCCCUGAACCUGAAGGCGAUGAUGAUGAUAGAGAAGAUCAUGAUCAUGAGCCUGAGCAAGUUAUCAAAAAGACAAAAAAUGAAGAAGAAAGUAAAACAGUCCAAAAAGAUCGAUUGGAAGCUUUACAACUUGUUUGGGCCAAGUGUAGAGGAUACCCUUGGUAUCCAGCUUUAAUAAUUGAUCCAAGUACUCCAAGAGGAACGAUUCAUAAAGGAGUUCCUAUUCCUGCUCCACCUGAUGAUGUUUUAGCACUUGCUGUUAACUAUAAAGAACCCAUUUUCCUGGUUCUAUUUUUUGAUACAAAACGAACAUGGCAAUGGUUACCAGGAGAAAAAUUAGAAAAAUUAGGUGUAUCUCCAGCCCUCGAUGAAGCAAAAUUAAUUGAAUCACGUAAACCAGCCGACCGAAAAGCAGUCAAAAAAGCAUAUCAAGAGGCACUUCACUAUCGUAAACAAACACAUAAUGCUGCGUUUAAUACUAUAACAUCGGCCUCAUAAAGUGGAGUUCGAGUACCAUCCGGUGCUGUUAUAUAGCUAGAGCCAUAAAAAUGUCCGAAAUCUUUAUGUGCUGGCUUUCCAUCACCUGAUGUAAAUUCAUGAGGAAAAUGUUCAGUUCCUACACGAUUAAUUGCACAC